ACGAGGUUCCGUUGACGAAGUGCAUUCAUUCUCACUGAAAAGGUCCCGGGACUCAACUUGAUUACCAAGAAUAGUGCCGUAGGGUACGGCUGACGAGCACCCAGUGACGAGGAUCAUCCACUCGGGGACCGUUGAUGAAGGGAAUAAAAGGCCUGCCCUAGCACCAGCAUUUCUCACUAACAGACAAUGCAGUCCCACACAUACAGUGCAUCAGCGAGUAUUGUCUCUUCGCCAUCUGGUGACCCGUACAAGUAUCAAGUGGGUUUCGGGAAUCGCUUUGCAAGCGAAGCUAUCCCAGGCACCCUUCCGCAAGGACAGAAUCACCCGCAGAAGAAUAAGUAUGGGUUAUACAUGGAAGGGAUGACGGGCUCCCCGUUCGUCGCGCCCCGACCCCAGAAUCUCCAUGCGUUCAUGUAUCGCAUUCGACCUUCGUUGGAUCACAAGAAAUUUGUCAGACUACCUGACAGCCCAGACAUGGAGUCCAAUUUCCUCCCUAUCAAUCCAAAGGUGCACAUCAGUCCCACGCAGUUGAACUGGAGUCCCCCUUCCCUCCCUUCGUCGUCCGAUGAAGUGGACUUCAUCGCGGGUCUGAAGACAAUUGGAGGGAACGGCGAGCCUACGUCCAGAGAGGGCCUAGCGCUGCAUUUCUAUUCGGCGAAUGCGACGCCGCACCAAGGGAGGUUGGAUGUACAGACCGAGUUUGGGAGGCGAGUAUUUCCGUCUGUCGGUAUUGCCGGUCCUAAAUGUCCUGACAGAAUGAUGGUGCGGCCCGGGGAGUUGAUGGUCGUACAAAAGGGUAUGAAGUUCAAGGUCUCGUUACCUGAUGGACCUUCCAGAGGAUAUGUACAGGAGAUCUUUGGUUCGCACUUCGAGCUUCCCGAUCUCGGGCCGAUUGGUGGACACGGAAUGGCAAAUCCGAGGGAUUUCGAGGUACCAUUGGCGAGUUUUGAGAUUGACGAAACGUCCUGGGAGAUUGUUUACAAGAUUGGGGGACAACUUUUCUCUGCCGCGCAAGAUCACACACCUUUUGAUGUGGUGGCAUGGCAAGGGAACUAUGUCCCGUACAAGUAUGCGAUGGAAAAGUUCAUUUUCGUGGGAAGCCUGUCCAAAGAUCAUAUUGACCCUUCAGUCUUCACGGUCCUGACGGCCAAGUCCAAAGCUCCCGGGAUUCCUCUCGUCGAGGUUCUUACCGUCUCUGAGAGGUGGGAUGUUGCGAGUGACAGUUUCCGGCCACCAUACUAUCAUCGGAACAACGCCACUGAAAUUCUAGGUGUAAUCUUCGGUGAACGUGGCGGUCGAUUUGAGCCUGGAGGCAUCAGUCUACAGACGGUCUUCUGUCCUCAUGGACCGACUCCUGAGGUACACAAGGCUGCAAGCGUAGCGGAGCUCAAACCGGAGCGAGUAUCCAAGAAUUCGAUGGGUGAGUACACACGCAGGUACAGUGAAUAUUACUCACAAGUAAUAGCUAUCGCGUUUGAGACUCCGAUGGUAUUGGCGAUGACUGAUUAUGCCAUGAAUCGUGCUGGAACAGUUAGAGAAUCCGAACCACUGUCUUUCCCACCAGAAUUUAUUACCCAUCUGGAUGAGAUCAAUGCUGACCUCAAGGCUGCUGGAUAUGAAGAACUGAAGAAGAAAUCUGGCUGAAGGGAUGGAUAACGAUUGUGUUAGGACAUUAUGGGAGUGCCGUCUCAGCUGUUUUACGAAGAAAUGGGUAUCUUUCAGUUCGUAUGGUAUGUAAUCUAACCCAACAAACGAGGACGUUUUUGCUUUUGGUUUCAAGG